AACCUUAAAAAACCCUAGUCAGUGUCGAUCAAACAUUGAGUGUGGAGCAGACAGACAGAUUACAGUAACAAUGGAUGAUAGGAUUAGCAAUUUAUCAGAUGAUCUUCUCCGUCACAUUCUCUCGUUCCUUCCUACUGAAGAUGCUUUUGCGACAAGUCUUGUGUCCAAGAGAUGGAGACCACUCUGGCUUUCAGUUCUCAAUCUCGACUUUGUCGAACAUAGAUAUACUCGACAUGGGAAUAAACGUUUGCUACGACCAUUCUCUUCCUUUAUUGAUGCAUCCAUUCUCAGACGAGGUAUUCACCAACCCAUCAAAACUUGAGAAUCUCCAAUUCAAUUGUUUGGCCUUUGGGCAGGACUUACCCUGCUCCAUUUUCAGCAUCACAACCCUUGUUGUUCUCAAGUUAAAAUGCGUGACUUUUAAGGAUUUUUCAUCUGUUCAACUUCCCUCACUCAAAGCUCUGCAUUUGGACUACUUUGCAUUUUCAAAGUCUCAACAUUUUAUAGACCUUCUUAAUGGGUGUCCAUUGCUUGAAAUUUUGGAAGUAAGAAGUGUAGCUUUUGAUUGCGUUGAUGACCCUUCAUCUGGGAGAAACUUUACAACUUUAUCAAAGUUGGUCCGAGCAGAUUUUUGUCACACGUUGACAGAUUUUUAUUUGCCCGUGAGAAUUUUUUACAACGUAGAGUUUCUGCGCAUAGAGGAGUUCUGCGAUGUAGACAUUCCUAUAUUUCCCAAUUUAAUUCAUCUGGAUCUCAUCUUUAGACGCAAUCUUAAAUGGGAAUCGGUGUUUGAUAUGCUCAAUCAUUGCCCUCAACUUCAAAUUUUUGUCCUUCACAACUUAUAUCGUACUCCUUCUAUGGUUUGGCCAAAUACACAUGUUAUUCCUGAAUGCUUUUCUUCACAGCUCAGGACAUGCUGGCUUACUGAGCUUACAGGCACAAAAUGUGAGAUGACAUUUGCCAAGUUUAUUAUGCAAAAUUCAACAUUGUUACGUACCAUGAAAAUUUCCAGUAACCGUUACCUAUCUCAUGAGAAAAAUCUUGAAAUGAGAAAAGAAUUGAACUCAUGCCCAAGGAGCUCUGCAUCAUGUGAACUUUUGUUUCCAGAUGGUUCGAAUUAUAUUUGGUAGUACAUAUAAUGUAUCUGCUGGUUUUCGUCUUUUUGAAGGACUUAUUCUGUGUUUUACUGUUGGUACAUCAGUAUUUUUUAAAUGUAGCUGAAAUUGAAAUAGGAAUAGAUUUUUAAACUAGCUAUGUGGAUUGUUACCAAAAACUAGCUAUGUGGAUGUGUAUCCUUGUGAGUCUUAGCCCUUUUAGUUGACAUAGCAGAAGAGAUCUUGAGGAGAUUUUGUUUAAUUCCACCACACUCUCCAUUUCAUCCACCUCUAGCUGCACAAUUGCUCCAUCCCGACUUUCUUCUGCUUCAAUCACAAUGUUCUUUCCCGAUCGAAAUCUGAUGGGGAGAAUAGCUCUGGAAGCUUGAACUCUCUAGCUUACAAACUAAAAAAACUUGUGGGAAACUUAUUUACAACAAGGCCAUAAGAAUUUCGCUCUAAGUCAUUGUUUUUCUUCUUAUGAAAGAACACUAAAAUUAUGCUCAAGAUAAUACUCUAGUCUCACAAUUGCUUCACUCACAAUCUUCCUUACAUAGAGCAGCACUCUGACAAAAAGCUAGUUAUCUUUCAGGUAUAGGUUUUUUUGGUCAAAUAUUUGUGAAGAUUAGAGCAAGGGUGCCUAUUAUCUAGCAUUUCUUCAAUGUAUACACUACUAUAUUAUUACUCUUUAUGAGGAUUGA